AUGUCAAAAUUAAAAGAAAUAUCAAGACAAUCAACAACAUCAUGGAGUCCAAUUGCACAAUAUCCAGAUUAUAUGGCAGUUGGUACAGUAACAGGUACAAUUGGAGCAGAUUUUGAUACAUCAUCUAAAUUAGAAAUCUAUUCAUUAGAUAUUACCAAUGAAAGCAAGCAAAUGACAUUAAAAGGGUCAACAUCAUCAAGUACAAGAUUCAAUAAAGUAGUAUGGGGACAAGCAUCAAGUAAUUUUCAAAAUGGUAUUAUUGCUGGUGCAAUGGAUAAUGGUACAAUCAAUCUUUGGGAUCCAACAAAGAUUUUAGCAUCAGAUGCCACUGAUGGUGGUGGUAGUGAUGAUCAAUCAUCAUUGAUCGGUGUUGGUCAAAGACACUCUGGUCCAGUUCAAUCCAUCGAUUUUAACGUUCAAAAUCCAAAUCUUUUAGCAUCUGGUGGUUCAGAUUCUGAAGUUUUCAUUUGGGAUUUAUCCGAUCCAACUCAACCAUCUGCUCUUAAUCCAGGUAGUAAAUCGCAACAAUCUUCUGAUAUCACUUGUGUUGCAUGGAAUAAAAAAGUAGCACAUAUUUUGGGUUCAGCAUCAUAUAAUGGUUAUAUUGUAAUUUGGGAUUUAAAAUCAAAGAAAACAUUAAUGACAAUUAAUGAUCGUAAUAGAAAAUGUAAAUAUAGAUCAAUUGUUUGGCAUCCAUCAGAGGCAACACAAAUCGUUGCAGCAUCAGAGGAUGAUGAUCAUCCAGUGAUUCAAGCAUGGGAUUUACGUAAUACUACAUCACCAGUUAAAUCAAUGGAAGGUCAUAAAAAAGGUGUUUGGGGUUUAUCUUGGUGUCCAUCUGAUAAUGCUUUAUUAUUAUCAACUGGUAAAGAUAAUAAAACAUUUUGUUGGAAUUUUGAUCGUCAAGAAAUACUUUGUGAAAUUAAUGAUAAUAAUAGUAGAAAUAAUAUUAAUAACAAUAGCAAUAAUAGUAAUAGUGAUAAUAAUAAUGGUAAUACAGAUCCAAAUGCAUGGAAUUUCGAAGUUCAAUGGUCACCACGUGUACCAGCUUUAUUAUCAACAUCAUCAUAUGUUGGUAAAGUUAAUGUUUAUUCAUUACAAGAUGUAAAUGAGAAAUCAACUAGUGGUAGCAGUGCUGGUCAACUCAAUGCAUUGGGUAUUCAAGAACAAACUAGCCAAAUCACACCAACAAUUAAACAUACACCAAAUUGGUUAUUAAGACCAUGUGGUGCUGCUUUUGGUUUCGGUGGUAAGAUCGCAGUUUUUGGUAGAAAUAAAAAAGUUACUGCCGCUGCCAAUGGUGCAACUUCACCAUCAUCAUCUUCUUCACCAGCAUCAUCAGUUCAACAAUCACAAUUACAACAACAACAACGUGUAAUUCAUAUCUCACAUGUUACAACUGAAGUUGAUAUUGUUAAAUCAAGUGAACAACUUGAAAAUGUCAUUCACACUGGUCAAUAUGAACAAUAUUGUCAAGAGAAAAUCGAUCAAUCAACUUCCGAUGAAGAGAAAUCAAUUUGGGGUUUCCUUAAAGUUAAAUUCGCCAAAGAUGAUCGUUUAAAGAUUUUAGAUUAUCUCGGUUAUGAUAUUGAAACCAUUAAAAAAGAAUUAAAACAAUUCCUUGGAACUUUACCAGAAUUACCAAUUGAAAGUGGUUUCAAUGAAUUACCAAUUGAAAAUGUCGAUGAUCAAAGUAAACCAGAACCAACAACAACUACCACCAAUGAAACUGUCCAUCUUGAACCAGUUGUUGAUGAAAAUAAUAAUGUUGUAGAUGCUGAUAGUUUCUUUGAUACUGCCGCUUCUGAUGCAAAUAAAGAACAACAAGACGAUUCAUCAUCAUCACCAUCAACUAAAUCACCAACAACUACAACAACACCUAUUGAAUUCCCAGGUGAUGAAAAAGAACAAAUGAUUACAAAAGCAUUAUUAGUUGGUGAUCAUAAUAGUGCAGUUGAAUGUUGUCUUCGUUUAGGUAGAUAUUCAGAUGCAUUGAUUUUAGCACAUGCAGCAGGUCAAGAACUUUGGAAAAAGACUCAAGAGGCUUACUUUGAGAUUGUACGUAGUCCAUUUGGUAGAGUUGUAUCAUGUAUUGUUAAACGUGAUUUCCAACUUUUGGUAAAGAGUGCCGAUCUAAAGGAUUGGAAGGCUUCAUUGGCUAUCCUUUGUACUUAUGCCCCUCCAACCGAUUUCAAAAUUUUAUCAGGCAUUCUUGGUGAUCGUUUAGAUAAAGAAGCAAGUGAUUUGAAAUCCGCUAUCCUUUGUUACAUUUGCGCUGGUGAUAUCGAUAAAACCGUCGAUAUUUGGAGUCGUGUCUCUCAACAACAUCAACAACAACAACGUCAAUCUUUAACUUCAAGUGGUAAUAGUAUCACUGUUUUAGAACAAGAGUCAAAUAAAGAUCUUCAAAAUUUAAUUGAAAAAGUUUCAAUAUUUAGAAGUGCUUGUAAUGGUAAUAGCAAUAACAAUACAUUAAAUCAAGUUUUAUCAAUGAAAUAUGCUAAAUAUGCAGAGAUUUUAGCUUCACAAGGUAAUCUUUCAGCUUCAUUACGUUAUUUAGCACCAAUUACAAACUCACAAUGUAAACAAGAAUAUGGUGUACUCUUUGAUAGAGUUUAUCGUGCUACCUCUAAUCAUCAAGGUAUUCCACAACCACCAUUCCCAUUCCAAUUAGUUGAUGUUUAUUCUUCAAAUCAACCAAUUCAACAACAACAACAACAACAACAAAAUAAAGCUCAACAAGUUGGUCAUCAACAUCAACAUCAACACCAACAUCAAAACCAACAUCAACAUCAACAUCAACACCAACAUCAACAUCAACCACCACAACAACAACAACAACAACAACAACAACAACAAAUGGGUAGACAAAAUACAUUUAAUCAACCACCACAACCAAUGGGACAACACCAACACCAACAACAACAACAACAACAACAACCACCAAUUAUGAUGAAUCAAUCACCAAUGCAAAAUAAUAAUAAUAAUAGAAUACCAAUGAUGAAUCAACCACCAAUGAUGAAUCAACCACCAAUGAUGAAUCAACCACCAAUGAUGAAUCAACCACCACAAAUGAUGAAUCAACCACCACAAAUGAUGAAUCAACCACCACCACAAAUGAUGAAUCAACCACCACCACAAAUGAUGAAUAAUAAUCAACCACCAAUUAUGAUGAGACCUAUGCAACCAAGUGGUCCAUCACCAAUGAACCCACCACCAACAAUGAAUAACACUCAACCACCACCAAUGAUGAACACAAUGGGUGGUCCAUCAUCAGUCAAUAAUUCUCAACCUCCAAUUAUUCCAAUGAAUGGUAAUCCACUACCAAUGAAUCCAAUGAGUCCAAUGAUGUCUGAUAAAUCAAAUCAACCACCAAUGAAUCCAAUGAUGAAUCCAAUGAACCCAAUGAAUCCAAUGAUGAAUCCAAUUCAACCAACUGCUCCACCACCAAUGAAUCCAAUGAUUCCACAAGGUGGUAGUCCAAUGAUUAAUCAUCCACCACCACCAAUGAAUCCAAUGAUUAAUAAUGGUCCAGUUUCAACACCACCAAUGAAUCCAAUGAUGAAUCAAGUUGUACCACAAAAUAUUUCACCACCACAAAUGCCAACAAGAUCACCAGUUUUAGAGAAUAAAUCAUCAUCACCAUCAAGUGAAUCAUUUACAUCACCAGCACCAAAACCAAACGUUCACAAUAAAACACCAUCCAUUAUCACUGGUCAAUUGGGUGUAACUACACCAUCUGAAGGUCCAUCAAAUGAAGACACUGAAAGAUUCGUUGAGAAAUUACAAAGAUCCAUUCAAGAAUUAAAUGGUAGAACUGAUAGCAAGGUUUGGGAGGAUGCCAAUAAAAGAUGUCAAGGUCUCAUCAAUAAGGUUUCAAAGAAAGAUAUCUCUGCUGAAGCUUUCAAAGCUCUCGAUGCAAUUUUAGCUUCAAUCGUUGAAAAAGAUUUCAAAAAAGCUUCCGAUACUUAUAUUCAAAUCACUUCAACUCCACUUUGGGGUGAAGUUGGUUCACAAUCAAUGGUUGGCCUUAAACGUCUCAUUGAUCUUGGUUUAAAAUCUCAUUAA